AUCGACGAGCCGCGCGACUUCGUGUGUGGCGCCGAGGAGGUGGGGGCUCGGGUGCGGUGCCGCUACGUGCAGGGGCUGCAGGUGAUCCUGCACCAGCAGCUGCAAGUGCUGGUGGAGAGGUACCGGGUGGGCGCGCUGGUCCGCGGCCAUGGCCGGAACCGUCUGGAUGCGCUGGGUGGCCGCCUCCAAGGUGUUCGACGGAAUGUGGGCGCCAGUGGCCGAAAUUAAGGUGCUCGCCGAGGCCGAGGCCGCGCAGAGACUGAAGCUCUCCGCCAGUGGAGGCGGCAGGAGGUGAAGUGUGAAUGGGCGGAUGAAUCCUUGCCUCGGAAAGACAGGCGAAGGGUUGAGUUCAUCUUUCUGCGGUCAUUGAGGACGAUGCUGCCACUGCACUCGACAUUGUCCGUCAGUUUCUUGGCAUGCCAUGUUGCCCGGGAAGCUCUCCUACCGACUGAUAUUUAUAGGUGGGCAAUGGAGGGUAAGCUUCCUUAGGUGGCAGUUUUUACCCAAGUUCACAAGCUUCUUGGGAGCCCUACAAAACACUGCCCUUUGAAUGUGAGGCAACUCUUCAGCAGUGGCGGAGCUUCAGCAAGGCUACAUGGGCCAUGGCCCCCCCCAGCUUUGCACCACCUCCUCCUAUUAUAGCCGGCCCAUGGGCCGGGGAAAAACCAAUUUCAUGCAAUUUAGCCUACCCAGCCCGCCCAGGAAUUUGCUGCAAGCUCCGCCACUGCUCUUCAGGCCAGUCCGAGUUGUUGGAGCGUGGCAACUGGAAGCUGCAGCUGGGUUCAUCGCACGAAGAAUAGGCUUGCAGCUUACUUCAGUUAAUUUUUAUGCUAUUGCUCAACGCUACUUGAGUGAGCUGUCUCUGCCGGUAGAAAGAUUCCUUCCUCGUGCUCGUAGCAUCUAUGAGUGGGCAAUGCCUCCAGAACUCUGGUUGUCCAGCUAGGGCCCCUACAUGGGUCUCUGUAAUGGUUAUACUAAUAGUGGCUCUAAGACUUCAGUAUAUCAUCAAUGGUCAAAGGAUAUGGAAGGAGAUUUGCGAGGCAGCAAGAAAUGCAGGUGGGUCUGACCGUGAUGCAAAUUUAUCACCAUCUAUGAAGCCUGAUGGAAGCACCAGUGAGGAAUUUGGCACAAGAGAAUUGCUAUGGACUCUUGUAGAUGCCUAUGAUAAAACUGACGUUGCACAUGACUAUUCAAAGGACCUUCACUCAUAUCUCACAUACUGCAAACAUGUUUUUUUCCCUGGGACUGCAUGUUUAGUAGAAGAGGAGCACUUGAUAGAGAUCUUUCAGGGUCUGUACAAAGGACGGGAGGGCGAGAAUCCUAAAGCGCACAGUGAUGACAUGCGAACCACAAAUGGAGUGAACAAACGAGGCCGGGAUGGAACUUUUAUCAGUGUAAGGUGCUUUUCUGCAUCAUCAUCAGGGAUACAAAGUAUCAAGUCAGAAAUGGAAGACCAUGGAUUUUGGUACAUGCUGCCAAGGAAGUGGCCACGAUCAGAUGGUUACCUUCACUAUAGAAGGAAGACAAUGACUGGUCGUCUUGUUUGUGCUGAUUAUUACCUGUUGAUACGCUCAUUUGCCAAGCUUGGGGAAGUUGAUAUUAGGGCUAUUCAUGCUUCUGUGCUAAAACUUGAGAGGAGACUUGUCUGGAUAGAAGAAAGAACAGGCAGAAGCUUGGGUGCCUUACAGAAUCUACCUGGCUAA